AUUGGUCAGGGUGUGCCAGUGGUGGCUCUCAUCGUGGAGGGAGGCCCUAAUGUGAUUUCUAUAGUGCUGGAGUACCUCAGGGACACUCCUCCAGUUCCUGUUGUGGUGUGUGAUGGCAGUGGAAGAGCCUCAGACAUCCUGGCAUUUGGACAUAAAUACUCAGAGGAAGGAGGCAUCAUUAAUGAGUCUCUAAGAGACCAGUUGCUGGUGACCAUCCAGAAGACAUUCACCUACAGCCGGACGCAGGCUCAGCAUCUGUUCAUCAUUCUCAUGGAGUGCAUGAAGAAGAAGGAGCUGAUAACUGUUUUCCGGAUGGGCUCUGAAGGUCAUCAGGACAUUGACCUUGCCAUCCUCACUGCAUUACUCAAAGGUGCCAACGCCUCAGCACCAGACCAGCUUAGUUUAGCUCUUGCUUGGAACAGGGUGGACAUCGCACGCAGUCAGAUUUUCAUCUAUGGACAGCAGUGGCCUGUUGGUUCCUUGGAGCAGGCAAUGCUGGAUGCCUUAGUGUUGGACAGAGUGGACUUUGUCAAGCUGCUUAUUGAAAAUGGAGUCAGCAUGCACCGCUUCCUCACACUCUCCAGACUGGAAGAGCUCUACAACACGCGGCACGGACCAUCGAACACGUUGUACCACCUGGUCAGAGAUGUCAAAAAGCGAGAAUAUCCAGGGUUCAGUUGGAUCUACUUCAAGGGAAACUUGCCCCCGGACUACCGCAUCAGCCUCAUCGACAUUGGAUUGGUCAUCGAAUACCUCAUGGGUGGGGCCUAUCGAUGUAACUACACCAGGAAGAGAUUCAGGACUCUAUACCAUAACUUGUUUGGACCUAAAAGGCCCAAAGCCCUGAAACUGCUGGGGAUGGAGGAUGACAUGCCAAUCCGUAGAGGCCGCCAGAAGACGACACGGAAACGAGAAGAGGAGGUGGACAUUGACUUGGAUGACCCAGAAAUCAACCAUUUCCCUUUCCCCUUCCAUGAACUGAUGGUGUGGGCUGUGCUUAUGAAACGUCAGAAAAUGGCGCUGUUCUUUUGGCAGCACGGUGAGGAGGCCAUGGCCAAAGCCCUGGUGGCAUGUAAGCUCUGUAAGGCCAUGGCACACGAAGCGUCAGAGAACGACAUGGUGGACGACAUCUCCCAAGAGCUGAACCACAACUCUAGAGAGUUUGCUCAGCUAGCAGUGGAGCUCUUGGAUCAGUCCUACAAACAGGACGAGCAGAUGGCCAUGAAGCUGCUCACAUACGAGCUGAAAAACUGGAGCAACGCCACCUGUCUGCAGCUGGCGGUAGCAGCCAAGCACAGAGAUUUCAUCGCUCACACCUGCAGUCAGAUGCUGCUGACCGACAUGUGGAUGGGACGCCUCCGUAUGCGCAAGAACUCAGGCCUGAAGGUGAUCUUAGGCCUACUUCUGCCACCAUCGAUCCUGAGUUUGGAAUUCAAGAACAAGGACGAAAUGUCCUACAUGCCCCAGGAUCAGGAGGCCUAUCUGCAGGAGAAGGAAGAGGAGGAGCCUGAGAAACCGGUCAAGGAAAAGGAGGAGGAAGACAUGGAGUUCACAGUAAGAUCUUACUGUGAGACGCAGUACAACUCCGUGGCAAUGCUGGGUAAGGUAACCACAGAAACAUCCAGAAAGAAGGAUGUUGAGGAGGUUCAGAACCGCCAUCGCCUUAUUCCAAUGGGACGCAAGAUAUAUGAAUUCUACAACGCUCCAAUUGUCAAGUUCUGGUUCCAUACGAUGGCAUAUGUAGGAUACCUGAUGUUGUUCAACUACAUUGUCCUGGUCAAGAUGGACCUCUGGCCUUCUGCUCAAGAGUGGAUCGUCAUUGCUUACAUCUUCACCAACGGCAUUGAGAAGAUGAGAGAGAUCCUGAUGUCUGAGCCGGGCAAGUUACUACAGAAGGUUAAAGUGUGGCUCCAGGAGUACUGGAAUAUCACAGACCUCAUGGCCAUCCUCAUUUUUUCUGUUGGCAUGGUCCUACGUCUCCAGGAGCCACCCCUCAUGAGUUACGGGCGGGUUAUCUACUGCGUCAACAUUAUUUAUUGGUACAUCCGACUGCUCGACAUCUUUGGAGUCAACAAGUACCUGGGGCCUUACGUUAUGAUGAUUGGCAAGAUGAUGAUCGACAUGAUGUAUUUUGUGAUCAUCAUGUUGGUGGUGCUCAUGAGUUUUGGGGUGGCACGCCAAGCCAUCCUCAACCCGAAUGAAGACCCAUCUUGGAUGCUAGCUAGGAACAUCUUCUUCAUGCCCUAUUGGAUGAUCUAUGGAGAGAAAGGCAUAGUAGGAAGUUUAAGCAAAGGUCGAGUGAAAAACUCUGGGUGGUCGAAAAUUACUUUCGAACUUACGGAACCUGGCGUAAUAACGGUCCAUUCCACACUUCCCACUCCCUGUGGGCAAAACAUCACUGAAGACGGGGUGGUAGUGUCUCUGCCUCCCUGCAAGACUGGUGCCUGGAUUGUUCCAGCCAUCAUGGCUUGCUAUCUGCUGGUGGCCAACAUACUGCUGGUUAAUCUACUCAUAGCUGUGUUCAAUAAUACAUUUUUCGAGGUGAAGUCCAUCUCAAAUCAAGUGUGGAAGUUCCAGCGUUACCAGCUUAUUAUGACCUUCCAUGAACGCCCUGUCCUUCCUCCACCCCUCAUCAUCUUCAGUCACAUAACUAUGGUCCUCAAGCAUCUGUGCUGUCGUUGGCGCAAGCACGAUGAUGACGAGCGGGACUACGGACUGAAGCUUUUCAUCACUGAGGAUGAGCUGAAGAAAGUCCAUGACUUUGAGGAGCAAUGCAUAGAGGAAUACUUCAGAGAGAAGGAUGACAGAUUCCACUCCUCUAAUGAUGAAAGGAUCAGAGUCACGUCUGAGAGGGUGGAAAACAUGGCAAUGCGUUUGGAGGAGGUUAAUGAGCGGGAACACUUCAUGAAGGCGUCCCUGCAGACAGUUGACAUCCGUCUGGCCCAAAUGGAAGACCUGAUUGGGCGAAUCGCCCUCGCGCUGGAGCGUGUGACAGGUGUCGAUCGCGUGGAGGUCAGCAAAGCUCGUUCUCGGACUUCCUCUGACUGCACCGACUCCGCGUACAUACUCCGCCAAGCUGAGUGCCCAGAGGCAGCAUACAUACUCCGUCAGAGCAGCUUUAAUAGCACAGAGGGAAACGCUUACCGUCUGCAGGAAGCCCUGGAGGGAACAGCUGAGGGUUCAAUGUCCCCUCCCUCUCCCACUGGCAUGACAGCGCGGGCGAGGAGCCACUCCUUCUAUGUUGGAGGAGGUCGGGCCGGAGAACGUACCAGCGGAUCUGAACGAGUCGAGAGCUUCUUCAAGGAGCGCUCCCUCAGCCUCCACAGAGCCAACAGCUCUCAAUCCGUAUCCUCAGCUGCCGCCCCCAAGGAGUCUAAGCCCCUCCCACUGGCAACGCUGUCGGUUUCCCAGCAGCACCGCCCGUCAUCGUGCAUCGACAUCUACGUCUCGACCUCUGAAGAGGUGGGGCCCGCAGAGGUCUUCCUUGACCGUCUCCGCAUGGUCCCGCCUCUGCAGAGAGACUCCUCGCUGCAGUCUGACAUCAUGGAGACGGUGCUGCCCGGAGGCCGCGACUUAGGCAGCACUGCCACAGGCGGUUUGGGCGACAGGCACUCGGAGGGCCGAGUGGGCAGCGGCGGAACGGCCGGGGCCAUGUGCGACGACAGCGCGGCUGCCGAUCUGUCCUUGUGCUCGGCGCACCUCUUACCAGACACCAGCCUACCUCCUUGGGAUAUGGAACCAUCCCCGCCUCCCUCAGCAGGGCUGCUGGAGCGCUCCAAGAGCAGUCGCUACCUCUCCACAACCGGCACGUCGUUUCUAGACGAACCCUCCCUGGUCAAGUCGCACAGCCUCAUGUUCACGCCGAGAGGUUGCUAUGGUGGACUGGGGGCAGGAGUCCAGGUAAAGGCGGCCGAGUACACCAGCAUCACCGACUGCAUCGACACGCGCUGCGUCUCAGCCCCGUACACUCCCGCAGAAUGCUCCCACUCACCGGGAUGCUCAUCCUCAUUCCCUUUCGAUAAGCCGUCUGAUAUUAGUUUGUCUCACCCAGAGAGAGAGGCAGAGCUUAGUCACACAGAGUCUGAUCCAGAGGACCCUGAGGACAUGAUUCCUGCCCCUGAUGGCUCUCGCCUCGGGGGCCUCGGCGGACCCAGUGGAACCCCUCUCUGCUCCCCCUUCUCCAGGCUGGAGAGGGCCAACAGCUGCUCUUCAGAUGACUCCCAUCCUUCCCUCACUCUGGCCCCUCCACACAGGAAGAGCCUGUCAGUGAGUGAGAGGAUGGAGAGGGGACAGGGCUUGGGAGCAGAGAGGGGACAUGGGUCUGGGGGGCGGGGUCUGGCAGGACCCAGGAACCCCUUCCUCAGGAGCAAGUCUGGAGCAAGGCCUGAAACAGCCAAAACUGACAGCCUCUCGUUAAGGAAGCUAGCAGCUCCGUCGGCUUUCCGCAGCUUUGAGAGACAAAACUACACGUGACAAGGACACAUGGGUGCACUCACACUUUUAGGGCCAGGGUGGAAGACGGACAGGGCAAAAAUGAAAGUGGGAUGACGUUCCCAGGGGAUGCUGAUCUGAACCAGAUCUACACUCAUUACACUUGCAUUUUAGGUUAGAAAAGUUUACUCCUAGUCAGUAUUGACAGUAUUGAAGGGCAGCUUUACCCAGAGCCACAACGAGUGGCCAUAGGGGCAGAGAAUUUCAAAGGUCCCGUGUUCAUGAGUCAAAACAAAGAGCUUUGAAUCUAGACUAGUUUUUACCUCUUAUAGUUAAGUAACUUUUAAUGGGGUGUUAUGGCAAUGGAAGGUGUAUUUGUGAUGUAUGUCUUCCACCAACCAAUUUUACAUCAAGUAGACAUCUGUCACUGUGUUGCAUCACAUAUCAGUCACAUUAGACACAGUGUAUUCUUCCUAGCUGCAUUAUGUGGUAGAUGCUGUUAAGGCUGAGACAGAGAGAGGAGAGAAGCACGGAGAGGAGAGGAGAACUACUACUACGUUAAUCAUUUACUCUUGGCAUCACGACUGCAAACUAUUUUCUGCUCAUUGUGUAAUUCUGACUCAGACUUGUGUGGUCCCAGCUCCGAUAGGCAGGAAGAAGCUGACUUCGCAUACAAAUCACGUACAAAUGGUUUUGGGCUCGACCACACUUCAAAUUUUGUGGUUACAAAAAAAAAAGAAAAAAGUCAACAACUUACCUCUGAAUAAGAAAGCAAACGAUUAAAGUAAUCAGCUUACCUAAUCAAUGACUUUUUUUUAACAGGGAUUCAUGUUUGCUGUCACUUUGUUUUUCUCUAAAAUAACACUUCAACUUUCUCAUCAGCUCAGCUAAAACCAGAAAGCUGAUUUGAACAUACUUCAGUGAAGAAGUCAUUGCUUGAGCUUGCCUGUUCAUGCUUGAGCCAUGUGUUUGCCAGACGAUGUGGGUAACAAGAGCUUUGAAGGCCAAUAAGUAUGAAACGAUCUUCGAUAAAAAAAAAUACACUCAUCUCGACACUGUCUACACAAAAACACUGCCUCUGAAAUCCUUCAGUUACUAUAGGGGAGAUGUUCACGAGUUCAGUUGCAAAAGAUGGGGGAAGAGAGUGAUAUGAGCCUGACUGCAAGGUCAUUCCACACAAGUGAACGUGUGGUGAAAACCUUUCUUGCCUCUACCUGACACCAAAAAUCUUUCAUCUCAAAGAGCCGUCGCUCGCCAAUAACCCAGCCUUCUUCUUUCAGGUUUUAGCAGUAAAAUUCAACUUCAACAUCCAGCAACACCCAACAGAUCCGUCCUUUAUCUGUUCCAUAAUUGACAUUUGCUUUUCUUUGUUAUUUUCAGUUGUAGUCAAAGCAAACCACCAUUAGGAGACUGUAAAAGAAAGCAGUCACUAAAUGACCGAGCCUAUCAGUGGUUUACAGGACAAAACAAGCUUGUAAAGGGGGAGCUACUUUAAGAAUUUAUUUUUCAAAAAAAGCUUAUGAAUAAGCUGUUGAGUAUAUGCAUUUUAGCUGAGAUUUAAAAAAAGGUGUGCAUUAUGAGUGACUUGUAGGAUGAAACGUGGAAAUUACUAAUAACAUCAAAAGAGGAAAGCCAGUUUAUUGUUUUCAAAUUUUCUCUUUUUUAUUGUACUGGGAGACGUCUGGUUGGGAGGAGAAUGUCUUUCUCAGAAAGCUUUGUACAAAUAAAAUGGAUGAGCUUGAUAGAAGCCUUUAUGAUUUUGAUGUUUUAUAUUUCCUGGCUAUUACAAUUCAGUUUAAUCAUGUUGCUUCAUUUUGAGAUAAUGAUUCUAUUUAUUGAUAUUUUUCUUGCUCGUUGCUGAUAAUUAAAAUAUAUGCUUGUUUGAAUUUCUCAGUGACAUUUUUGUCUAAUUCUAAGUAUUUUCUAAUUAAGCUUUUGAAUUUAAUAAAAGACGGCCACCUACAUGCACUAAAUAAUGAUGUAUAAUAUUAUUUAUUGGAUAUAGAAUAGUUUGUACAUUUCAAUCAUAUUCAAAGUAUUUAAAGUAAUUUUUAUUGUGUGUUUUAUGAAGCAACUCAUGAGAAUUUUCUAAUUGUUAAUGUGGCAAAACACAGUUGCCAGCAUACCAAACUUAGGGUGCCUUCUGGGCAGGAGUGGUGUAUGUCGGGACAGAUGUGAUUCAAGAACCUGUGAAAUUCCUCAUUUUUGUCCUCUCAGUUUUUAUUCAUGGUAGUCAUAUAUCGGUGACUAUUUUCUCUAAGAACUUUGUUGAUCUCUUUGAACUGGUCCAAUGUACAGAGUGAAUGAGCUGUUACUGAUCAUUGGUUGUGUCAUUGCGUGUGUGGGCAUUUAUUUUAAUUCACCAAAAAUGAUACAAGUCAUAAAUUGAGCAGCUCUUCCGUUAUGCUUGAACUGAUUCAUCUGGGUCAUCUGUGUCACAACCCAGACUUGAUUAAACGCCUUUAAUUGAUAAUACUAUACAAAUAUUAGGCAACCUCUUGAGUCCCUGUAAUCUUAAAGGCUCCAGAAAAUGAAUGACAGACAGAUGGUUAGUACAGAUCAUACAUGUUUGACGGCUUUUCAGGCACGUUAUAGCCACUGUUUACAUGAAAAAGGUCAGAUGUAAAGUUUCUUCAGCAGAUAUGUGAGAUACAUUCAGAUUAACAGAAGGAAGGUUGACCCCCAGGUCAGUGCUCAGGGACUAUUUUACCCCAGCGAAGCAGGAUAGGAACUAUGUCACUGUUGAAAGAAAAAUAUAUUAGUUGUUUUUAAGUAGACAACAUUUUAAUCACUGUGCUUUGAGUCUAAUCCAGAAUCUUUGGGGUUUAUAGAAAACGAUGUAGUCAUUUAUUCUUUUUUUCCCCAAGGCAAUAGUAUGUGAAUAGUGAAUGCAAGUCUCCAUACCUGUUCAACCUGCUCAACUGUGCUUUCCAACAGUACUGACAAAAUGAAGGGACGCUUUGUUUUGCCAAGUUUAAUAAUUGUGUUUUCAAGGAGCAGGUUUUGGUCAUGCACAUUUCCCCUAACAUUUUUAACCAAACCAAUUAUUGUCAAACCAAAAGAAAACAAGCUGAGAAAUGUUCUGGAAGGCUUCUGUCUGCUCGGCUGCCAGACAGGAUAAACAAAGCCAAGGUUGAACUUCUGUUCUCAACUUUUGUAUGAAAGCAGAUGAAGGUGUUCGACCUUUUGAUGGGAAAUAUAUUUUAUCUUUUAUAUUUUCUUUAUCCUUAUUGUAAGGAUCACCAGAAAGCAUACAUGCCAAUGGUAUGCAUGCCAUAGAGAUAUAUGUACAGGAUUCCUUAAUGGUUGUGUGAGAUGUUGGCUGUUGUGGAAGAGACAAAUAGAUGUGCAUGUGAGUGUGUGCGUGUUCAACCUGUGUGUGAACUCAGACAUUUAGCGGGCACUAAUAAUAGAGAGGCAUGCCAACAUAACACAGCCAAAUAGAAUCUUAUUGUACAGUAUUUUGGGAAUAUUCUAAUCAUGAACAUUUCAUGAUAAUCAAAGCUAAUUUUCUUCCUUGCAAUGAAACCUGUGAUUCACAAACUAGAGGAGUUUCAUGCACAUGUUCCUUCUGCAAUAACUGCUCAUGUUGUUCUAAAAGGGAAUUAUCCCCCUACUGGUCACACUUAAUUUUUUUGUCCUUUUCAUGCAUGCACUUCUUCCACUUGGCGUGUACAGAGAUGACCUGUAAUGUGACUGAGAGAGAGGUAUAGAGAGAUAAUUAUAUGAAAUCAAAGUAGUAAGUAUUUGGAUGCAAAUAAAAAACAUGUAUUCUUCAAUGUGAAUAGGAUCAUGUCUGGCAUGCAUUGUUAAAUAAACAAAUAGAUUGGUA